AUGCUUGGUCCCUUUAGAGCGAGCUCCCCUGCGAUGGGUGGACUGCUGUGGAAGAUUCCCUGGAGGAUGUCUGCACCUCAGAAGCGGAGACAGAGGAGCCGGUUACGGAGUGUGGACAGUGUUAUCGAGCAGGUGACGCUAGGGCUGCACGUUGCGAGGUGCGAGGAGAAGGGGAUCGGAUAUGAGGAGGCCGUGGCCAUGCCGGAGAAGUUUCAACCGCGGAGCAAGCUACUGAGGUUGCUGAACAAGCCCGCGUACUUUCCGAAGGAAUCGGAGAUGGAGCCCAAGAACAAGUACACAGUCUUUGACAAGAAGGUUAGAGGGUACCGGAAGGGCAUACACAAAGUACCCAAGUGGACUAAAGUGUCUGCCCAGAGAACGAACAGGUACUUCUGA